AUGCUUAAAUCAGUUAGUAAAUUAAAUAUAAAUAGAUUGGUUACUGCUACUACUACUACUUUGUGUAGUAUAUCUACAAGUUAUAACAUCAAUAGAUACAGCAGUAGUACUACAACAACAUCUUCUUCAAAUAAUAACACUACACUAUUCACCAAUAAUACCAGCACUACUACUACUAAAUACUUUAAUAAUAACAAUACUAAAUAUACACCAACAUCAAGAUCAUACUCUUCAAAGAAAAAGGAAGCAACAUCUAUUGACUCACCUAAAACAUUGACAUUGAGUACUUAUUUCAAAUUCCCAGAGUUUGGUGUUCAUGAAUGGGCCAAUUUAAAUAGAGGAACAGCAUUUAUUGUAAAGACACCAAAACAAUUCUUUGUUGAACCAAACCGAUCGGUUUACAUUAUUAGUUGUGGUCAUAUUACUCAUCCAUUCAACUUUCCACAUCUCUAUAAAGAUGAAACUCAUCAAUGGAUAUUUGCACUAGGUGAACAAAAUAUUAAAGCUCAAUUGGAAUAUCGUGAUGCAAGCACUGGUAAAGUAACACAUAUUGUACCAAUUGAUAAACCAUUCCAUUUACAUCCAACUGAAGAUCUUGUUUGUAUAGAAGCAAACUUGGAUGAUUUCAAGAGAUCUAAUCUUCCAUUCACUCCAUCUGUUUUGGAGUUAGAAGUUUAUGAAGAACCUAGAAAAGGUCAUACAGGUAAAUUAUUUGGAUACCAAUUAGUUAAUGAAAAGGAUGAUAUUAUGGAACCAGUUACAAUGGAUUUCAUUUAUAAUACUGGUGAUGCUAAUAGACACUUUGUAAGCACCAAGUCACCUGCACCAAUGGGUGUUUGUGGUGGUCCAGUUAUCAACUUUGACAAUGAGGUGGUUGGUAUGAUUGAAGGUUUGGUUAAAUUAAAUGUCAACGAUAUCGAUAAACAAGAUGAAACUCAAAGAAGGUUCCUUCAUGGUAUUAAUUCCAAUGCUGUAUUCCUUCCAUCUAAAAUCAUUAAUAACUUUAUCAAAGAGGUAGAUAUUCAUAUCAAUGAUAAUUAA